ACUCACUCUCCUCUUACACAAACACUUCACUCACAAAAAAAAAUACUCUUUUUUCUUUUGCUUUCUGUUGAGCAAAAUCAGCAAUGGCAAAGCUUGUUUCUUUUUUCCUUUUGGCCCUUAUUGCCAUUUCCAUGGUUGCAACCACUGUUCUGGCUGCAGAUGCCCAGUACCACCUUGAUCGUGCAAGGUAUGGUCCAGGGAGCUUGAAGCCAACACAAUGCCUGCCACAAUGUACAAGAAGAUGUAGCAAGACACAGUACCACAAGCCAUGCAUGUUCUUUUGCCAGAAAUGCUGUAAGACAUGCCUAUGUGUUCCUCCUGGUUUCUAUGGAAACAAAGGUGUUUGCCCCUGCUACAACAACUGGAAGACCAAAGAAGGAGGACCAAAGUGCCCUUAAUUUUUUAACCACAUUGUUACUCUAGUUUGUCACCCCAAGUUUAACUGAUAUUGUUGUUUGUUGGUCUUCUUGAUCAUAUUAUUAUUAUUACUACUACUAUUAUUUUGUCUGAAUUAAGAGGUCAUUAGUUGUAUGACCUUUUUUUAUUUGUGUUAAAAAGUGUUAUCUUUUACUCUAUGUAUGUAUUGCUCCUUUGGGCUAGAAUACUUUUGUAUUGCCCGAUAUGAGAGCUGCUUGACCAAUUCUUCUGUUGGUCUAUUGUUAUGUUUCUCUUUUCUAAUGUAACAAUCUUGUCCAGAUUCUUUUGGUCUAUUGUUAUGUUUUACUCAAUAGAAUGUGUAACUGCAGAAAA